AUGUCCCAGCAACGCCCUAACUUCCUCAUCAUUGUUGCCGAUGACCUGGGUUUUAGUGACACGAGCCCCUACGGCUCAGAGAUUCAUACGCCAGCCUUAGAGGCCCUUGCGCGAGACGGCAUUCGCAUGACGAACUUCCACACAGCGCCUGCCUGUUCUCCCACGCGGUCCAUGCUCUUUUCGGGUACAGACAAUCAUAUAGCGGGCCUAGGGUGCAUGUGGGAACAUAUGCAGAAACACAAGGAUUACUUUAAAGACAAGCCUGGCUACGAGGGUUAUCUGAAUCACCGGAUCGCUGCACUCCCUGAGAUCCUCUCCGAUCAUGAUUACCUGACAAUCCUCUCUGGGAAGUGGCAUCUCGGUCUGACCAAGGAAUAUGCUCCCUGUUCCCGCGGGUUCAAGAAGAACUUUACGUUCUUGCCAGGGUCUGGAAAUCACUUUGCCUACGAGCCACAGCUUGACAGCGGUGAGGUGUUCUUCCCGGCCUUGUGUACAGAUGGUCAUUGGAUGGAGGGAGACCGGUUCCUCGACCACCGGAAGGAUCUGCCUGACGAUUUCUUCUCGACCAGGUCCUUUACAGAUAAGCUACUUGGAUUCUUAGAGGAGAGAUCCGAGUUCGAGAAGAAGCAGCCAUUCUUUGCUUGUCUGACAUUUACCGCCCCGCACUGGCCCCUACAAGCGUCGAAGGCAAGAAGAGAAAAGUAUGCUGGAAAGUACGAUGAGGGUCCCGAUGUCCUUACGAAGCAAAGAAUCCAACGCCUGGUCGAACUUGGCCUUGUUUCAGAAGAUUCCGUCAUCCCUCCGCCGAGCGGAAAGUGGCUGCCGCCUACUUGGGAUGAGCUCUCUGCAGAAGAGCAAAAGCGGUCUGCCCGCACGAUGGAAAUAUUUGCCGCCAUGGUGGACGAAAUUGAUGAGAAUGUUGGCCGAGUCACCGAUUAUCUGUCAUCAACCGGCGAAUUGGAUAACACCCUGAUUCUAUUCAUGUCCGAUAAUGGAGCCGAGGGCGCUGCCCUGGAGGCGCUGCCGCUAAUGGGGAGGCCUGGGACGAUGGCCAAUGUCAUUGAGAAAUAUUAUGAUAACUCAACGGAAAACCUAGGCAACAAGGAUUCUUUUAUCUGGUACGGCCCACGGUGGGCAAGCGCCGGUACCGCGCCGAGUAGAGGCCUUAAAUCGUCAACACUCGAGGGCGGUAUCAGAUGCCCCUGCAUAAUCCGGUACCCUCCUCUCAAAGCUCAGCCAGGCAGCAUUAGCAAGUCUUUCACCACGGUAAUGGACAUUCUUCCCACCUUCCUGGAGCUUGCCCAAGUACAGCAUCCGGGCACAUCCUACCGUGGGCGCGAAGUCGCCCCACUCCGCGGCCGGUCCUGGGUGAGCCACCUCUCUUCCACGAAGCCGGAUGACGUGUCUGUGCAUGGAGAGGAUACCCACAUCCACGGAUGGGAAUUAUUCGGACAGCGGGCGAUUCGUCAAGGGAAAUGGAAAGCCGUGUGGCUCACGUACUUCACGGAAAAGGAGGGUUGGCAGCUGUACAAUGUUGAUGACGAUCCGGGAGAGUUGAAUGACCUGGCGGCGCGGUAUCCUGAUAUUCUAGGCCGUCUUGUGGACUUCUGGGACCACCGUUUCAUCUCCUCCUCGCUGGAGUUCCUCGCGGCCGCUUUGGCGACCCCUUCCGACCCAACGUUUGCUUAUGUUAAAGAGAAAAUAAAUACAGUUAUUUAG